GAAUAAUUUAUAGCUUCAACUCGUCCACUUCAGGAGUGAACCGAACAACUCGAACCAAGCCCUAAGAACUAGACACGAGACAUCAAAAACUACCAGUUUUCUACGCCUGCACUAUUAAUAUUGGAAUAUUGGAUAUUGGAACUCGCGCUGAUUUGAAUGUUUUGAGGAUGACUACAUCUCAAAAGCAUAAAAGUUUUGUAUCAGAACCGAUUUCCGAAAAAGUUGUGGAAGAAAUUCCCGGGAUCGGCGAAAAACUUGGAGAGAGACUUAAAGCCAAAGGAUAUGACAAAGCUUAUAUCGUUUUAGGACAAUUUCUCCUUCUGAGGUGUGAAGAAGAUCUGUUCAAGGAAUGGCUUUCACAGACAUGUGGUGCUAAUUCUAAGCAGUCUGGAGAUUGCUAUACUGCACUCAAGGACUGGUGUAGUUGCUUCAUAUUUUAACUAACUGGAAAACACAAUUAUGUAAAUCGCUUGUUAUAUGAACCAUAUUUUUCUCUACAUAAAUGAAAUUUGUUAUU